GCGUGUUGACACGAAUUUAUUUUUUUCUUGCACAAAUGUCAUCACCAAGUCAGAAUGUUUCGCGUCGAAUUUCCACUGCACCAUCGAGUUCGCGACCCAAACAGCGAUGGAAGCGCUGUCGGCAAAUUCCUUAUCGUUAUAUCACAGCAAUUCUACUCUGCAUUUCGAACUUUGCUUUCUUCCUCAUGUUUAUCUCUUUUGAGGACGCGUUUAGCCACCUUCACGAAAUAGGCGAAAACUUUAAGUCCAACUACAGUAUUGAGUGCAAAUUCCCAAAACGUACAAGCAAAGUGGAGCACGUGAGUAAAGAUUUCUACAGCUGGGAUCCCAAGUCUCUUGACCAACUCGCGAAGGCAAACGGAUAUGGUGUGCUGUUGGGUUCCCUUCCCAGUGGGGUUUUGUCCGAUAAAUUUGGCGGAAAAUACGUCGUCCUUGUACCCGUAAUAGUUCUGAGCGGGAUGGAAGUAAUAAUACCUUUUCUAAUAACCGGAAAGGACAUAGAGUACUACGUUUUCUACGUCUGGCAAUUGCUCACCGGUAUUGGUAUUGCGAUGAUGUUUUGCGGCACUAACUCGAUUCUCGUCAACUGGACACCACCGCAUGAGAUAGGAAAACUGGGUUCUAUAGCUUUCUGUUCAUUAGCGUUCGCUGUUAUGUUUCACUACCUAUUUACUGACAAGUUCAUCGUAGCGACGAAAAUGUGGAACGCGCCUUUUUUGCCAUACGCCAUAGUGGGAAUAGCCUGGACUGUCUGCUUUGUAUUCUUCGGGUUUUCGUUUUACCAUAACAAGAACCAGUGGAUGAAGCAGGAAGAAUUUGAUUUAUUGAAGAAACAUUUAGAGACCCCAGCAACUUUUAAAAGAAAAACAGUCCCCUGGUUGAAAUUGUUGACGUCGCUUCCUGUGUGGGCUGUCACCGUUGCUCAUGUGGGGCACAUAUGGAUAUGGGAAGCGAUGGUCAGCAACCUAGAUUUCUAUAUAAGAUAUGUGCUGUAUUUCGACGAGUACGUUGGGGACGCCUUAGCUGCAGUCGCAUACAUGUCGAUGGCUUCCUUGACGGUGGCGGUUGGAUAUGGGGCAGACUAUUUGACGAAUGGAGGAUACGUCAACGUGACGACUCUGCGCAAAGUCUACACGACUUUCGGGGCUAUGGCACCGGCGAUAUUCCUUCUCGCGGCUGCGUACACUGGCUGUCAUAGGAAAGUGGCGGUCGCCUUUUUCAUCAUGGGGAUGUCAUCCCUGUGUUUCUACUUCGGUGGCACCAAAAUCAACAGUCUGGAAAUCGCACCGAAUUUUAGUGGAACCAUCAUGGGUUUUAUGAAUAUGUUUGACUUUAUUCCUGCUUUAAUUCUGCCACAAGUUCUAGAAAAAAUAGCACCCAAUCAAUCGUUGCCGGAGAAAAGAAUCAUGUUCUGGAUACACUUUGGUAUACUUACUUGCACGACUGUCGUGUACAAUUUAUUUGGGAGUGCGGAUGUUCAACCGUGGAAUUAUAAAGAUGAGGAAGAAGAACUAAACGUUCAAGGAAAUGAGCCCAGUACAUCAGAACAGCCAAAGCCAAAGACACCACAAAAUAAAGACAAAAAAUAAAGUGUAAUUUAGUUCCAAUUUUC